CUCCGCGUAAAAUUUCUGUGACAACAGCACUGGCAAACAAAAAGAUAUACAGACGGCACUCUAAACCAACAAACAAUGAAACUUAGUGCGGCAAUUGUUAUUGUCAUUAUUGUUAAAUUCUCAGGGAGGGGCGGUAAUCACAUUAGUUAGUGAGUGUUUUAUCUCGACGUGAACAUCAUGGAUUUUGAAACACUUGUUACAGGUUUAAAUUGCACUCCUCCGGCCAUCGACGAUUUUCCUAAGGACUUAUUUUCCGAAAAACAGAGGCAAGAUGGAGCAGUCGUUAUACACAUUAUUGUUUCACUUUAUCUUUUCGUUGCAUUGGCUGUAGUUUGCGAUAAAUUUUUUGUACCCGCUGUUGAAAAAAUAUGUCACGCACUGAAUAUGUCAAAGGAUGUGGCAGGAGCGACGUUUAUGGCCGCAGCAACUUCUGCUCCGGAGUUAUUCGUGAAUGUAAUUGGAACCUUUAUUACAGAAGGUGAUAUUGGAAUAGGAACCAUUGUUGGUUCAGCUGUAUUUAAUAUACUGGCAGUAGCUGCUUGUUGUGGAUUGGGAGCAGGCAUGUCCGGUGUACAGGUCGUACCAUUGGACUGGUGGCCUUUAACACGAGACUGUUUAGCCUAUGGAAUAACCGUGUCGAUCCUGAUUUGUAUCAUCCACGACGAGCGCAUCGAAUGGUAUGAGGCUCUCAGUUUGGUGCUUCUUUACAUUGUCUAUAUCCUCAUCAUGUAUUUUGAUAAGUCGAUUCAAAAAUGCGCAAGAGGUGGCGUAGCAAAAGCACGAAAGCACGGCAAAAGACGUGAUGAAACAAAUUCUACUGCAAAAACACACGCACCGGCUGCGGAGGCAGCUGAGUCACAAUUGCCCUUAAAGCAAGAUAAGAGGCCAUCUACAGGUGAACUGCAGGUCCAUGUUAUAUCUCCGAAUCAUUUAAAUGGAGCAGCGGUUAAAGUGUCCCAGCAAGACGUCCCUGAACCGGCUCCCCCUCAAGAAGAAUACAUCGGUCCUGACUUUAGCGAAGUUGAAAGUCCCUCUUUGUGGAAAUGGCCUUCGGAGAGCGGAACUUUUACAAAGGUGACUUGGAUAAUAACGUGGCCAAUACACCUUGUAUUCCUUUGUACCAUACCGGACUGUAACAAACCGAAAUUGAAAAAUUGGUUUCCACUGACAUUUGUUAUGUGUAUAAUUUGGAUUGGAUCGUUAUCGUACAUCGUUGCUUGGAUGAUCACCAUCAUUGGUGACACCCUAAAAAUUCCAGACUCUGUAAUGGGAAUCACUUUUUUGGCAGCAGGAACCAGCGUCCCAGAAGCUGUGUCAAGUGUUAUCGUCGCAAAACAAGGUCAUGGCUCUAUGGGUAUAAGUAAUUCAAUUGGUUCAAAUACGUUCGACAUUUUACUGUGUCUAGGACUCCCAUGGUUCAUCAAAGCCACUUUUUCUCCAACAUUACCGGGGAAACACUGGGUGGGAAUCAAUUCGGCCGGAAUAGAAUACAGUGCAAUAUCACUGCUUUCAUCCCUUCUGUUGCUUUAUGUGGCAUUCGCCCUGAAUAAAUUUAAGCUGGACAAACGCGUUGGGAGGGCAUGCCUUCUUAUGUACGCUGCAUUCCUUAUUCUCGCAAGUCUUAUCGAACUCAAUGCGUUCUUUAGGGUCAACUUGCCAACCUGCGGACGGUGAAGUAUGCAAAUAAUGACCUGAUUAUUGUAAAAAAAAUAAAUUAAUAACAGAAUUAUUUCCAUCCAGACAACAGAUUCUACUUCCAUAGUAAGGUUUAGAUUAUAGAGAAUAACGUACUAUUACAAAUUUCGAAUUAUUAUUGUAAUAAGAACAUUUGUCUUUCUUUAAAUAUGUAUUAAGUAUUACUCAUUUUUCUUUAUACACAAUGUGCUGCUUAUUAUCUUGAAAAUGUGUUGAUGUAAAGCAAAAAAGUAUUACACUUAAGGUACUGUUCUAUUUGAUAAUAAUUUGCUUAGAAUAACCAAAAGAUUCUGCUACAUUUGUAGGAUUCUUGUUGAACUAAAAAUAGCAGUAAGCUUAUAAAAUUAAAUUAAUUAAUUUUCCUGUCGGAAGUGGAAUUUCUGCCAAUAUUUUCUGCCUUAUAGUUUUCCAUUAGCAUGAUUUUAUCAUUUUAUAUUAGUUCUCACAAUCAAUAAAAUUUUUUUGGUUGACAAUUGCAAGUUGCUUAUUGACGAUUAUUUUUAAAAAAUUUAUAAAAAUAAUGAAAAAUUAUCAUUUUUUAAUGUAGUAAUAGUAAUCAUAAUAAAUGCACUAUUGUUAAGUACCUAAGGAAAAUGGAAAAGGAAUAAACUUGUUUCUCCUGGAAGGUUUUGUCGUGGCAACUACAAAUAUUCGAAAUAAAAAGUCCAUUUAAUUUUUAAGGUUUAUUGUAAUCAUUGUUAUGUUAUUUUAAAACAACACUUACUAACUAGAUAUAUUCUAGAUUUAGUACAACUAGACUGUGUAAGGUAUUCUGCAAUUAAAAACAACUUUACUUUGUAAGUACAUAAUAAAAUGAA